CAGAGUUGAAACACAACCAAGAUACGACCCACCACCGCAGCCACUGCAUGCUCUGCCUACAUGUAGUAGCUUAGCCCCCCUCGCUCCUUAACGUAUCUACUUAGUAUAAAUUUGCUUCAGAUAUCUCGCCAGCAACCACUGCAAAGGGAGUUCAACAACAUGCCAACGUUGCCAAUUCACUUCAACUACGAUGGUAGCGAUGGUGCAUCGGAUAAUUAUGUUUAUCUGUUUGAGAUCCAAGCCCUCUCUGCUUUGCAGACCUUGGUUGUGUCGGAUGCGCCACUAAAGAUGAUCCAGUUGGUCUAUCAGGCAGAUCCAUCUGCCAUGAACGAUGAUGUCUUCCUGGAUGCAUGUCGGCAUAGCCCAAACUCUGAUGUUAUUGAAUUUCUCAAGGAGCUCGUAGUAGAACCUAGUGUGUAUGCACCCGCAAAAAUUGCACAAAUCAUGGUGGAUCUUUUGGAAAACAAGCGCAACUUUGAUGCUGACGGUUUUGUGGCCCUCUUCACAAUAUUUCCAGAAGCCGCAUACUACAAUGAGCUCUCAGGUGAAGUUUCUGGCCCUUUUCAUGCCGUCUUUACCGAUAAUGAAGGAUAUUGGGGGGGUCAUCUCCAUGAUGAUGUCCUGUGUGACAUGAUACGGCACAUUCCAGGGGAUGUCGAGUUCAUCGAAAUUGGAAGCUUGGAUAGAAUUCGGGAAGCUGAAUCGAAAACAGAGUGCAGAUCUUUGUUGGCGGCAAAGUUGAAAGAACUCAAAAAUCUCAAAGGAUUGGAAUUGCCAAUUGAGUUGGGAGAUGAAUCCGAUCAAAUUCUGGUGGAAGCAAUUUGUCACUCCAUAUCAUCUGGGCCAUUGGAGACCCUCAGAAUCAACAGCAGCGGAUUUGAGGACAACAUAUAUGAAGAGUCAGGGGGAGACAGUGGAGGGAAAGACCAACAGAGUGGGUUCUUUCUGCCAAUUCUAGAUGUUAUUGCUGCUUCUGGGCUGAAACAUUUUUCGCUGCCCGACUGUUUUCAUCUUGUGGAAGGGUACCGAGAUCGAAUGAUUGAGAUCUUAGAGUGGAAUACAUCUCUGACUGGUGUCACCAUUGGGAAGGUUUUUGAUUUUGGCAACACAAGUUGGAAGCAUACGAAGGCAUUGAAUGACAAGGCAUUGAUUGACGAUUACACAAGAAUGAACGCGCACGGCAGGGGUGUGAUGCGAGACCCAAACACGACACUGCGAGCUAUUGUGGAUCUGCUGGACAAGGUGACAGCAUCAUGCUAUAGAGACAUUCACUUCCGUGACGGGAGUGUGAUGCAUCGCAAGCAUAACAAAGACCUAACAACUGUAAGGGCUCUCAAUGGGCUAUUGCGGGAGGCACCCGGCAAAUGGAGUGAUCAAGCUUUGGAUGAAGACACUAAUAAGAACAAAAAGCCCUCUGCCAAAAGUCCACCAAAUCGGAAACGCAAAGCCUCCCAUUCCCUGGAUCAAAGCAUUUGCUUGGACUGAUCACUUUUCGUAACUUGACUACCUAAAUAGCACAUAACAUAUGUAGCCAAUCAUUCAAGAAUUUA